AUGAGUCGUGGCUACUAUCGUCCGGAAGAGGAAAUCGUACAAGCCAAAGUUCUCCACCGUGAUCCGGGAAUAAUCGAGGAGAACUACGCAUCGAAGCCACCAUCCAGAAGAUCGUCUUCUCAUACCAAUCCGGACAGUUUGAUCAAUCAAAAGCACGCUCAACCACUUCCAUCUCCACUUCACAGUCCUGUCAGAAGUGUUACCGGAUUGACAAAAUUUGAGUCACCGAAAAUGGCACCCGUCCGCUCGAACUCACGUGGAUCUUCCACAUCUUCAGAAGACCUCAGCACGCGUUCAGUCUCAGUUUCAGUUCUCAAAGAUUCUGGAACAAAAGUAGAGAUUAUGUUGAAAGCACAUGGAUUGAAAAAGAAGAAGAGUCUUCUCAAUUCCUUCGUCACCGUGUUCAAAAAAUGUUUGCAGCCGAGCCAACCAUCUCGUCUAUUGGCAAAUGGAAAAUUCACAGAAUUCGUGCUCACCGAACACUCGCUUCGAUUCCUUCUCGAAGUGAAAACCGACAAAAAGAAGAAGAAGGGAAAUGGAAAUCGUACGGAUACAUUCCUCUGCGAAGUUAAGAGAUUCCCAUCUGAUGUCAAUCCAGACAGUGCACAGUUUGAAGUUCUCGAACCAGCAUCCGGCGAAGCAUUCAUCCUCCUCACACUUAUCAAAACUGGAAAUCUCUCGACAAACUGGAAAGAAUUCCUCGAUUCCAAUGGAACCAUUGAUGUCACAAUGAUCUAG